AUGGCCUUAGAAGUAGCUCUCGCAUCGUCCGGCCACUCCGCGACGCCGCGAAGAGCUUCUGGAGGCAGCAAGUCGGACAAGAGCGUGUCGCCCGCGCGGCAGCAGCUCGAAUAUACAGCCCAAGAAACGGCCGAUGCCCUCGACCAAGCUGAGCAAGGUAUCGAUGUGGAGAGCGCAGAGAACUUUAGUGACGAUGACGGCUACCAGACGGACAGCAGCGAGUCGGAUUCAGUGUCACUCGUGUCCAGCGCGCGUAACUUCAUCUACGAAAACGGUCGGCGAUAUCACGGCUACAAAAGAGGUGAGAAUGACUACUCGUUCCCAAACGACGACCGAGAGCAGGAUCGGGAGGACCUGAAGCAUGCUAUGUUCUUGCUGCUUUUUAACAAGACCCUCCACUUUGCGCCACUGGAGAACCAGGCGAUGAAAGUGAUAGACCUAGGGACGGGUACCGGUAUCUGGGCUCUUGAUUUCGCUGACCAGUAUCCAUUGGCCGACGUCCUCGGCGUGGAUUUGAGCCCUAUUCAGUCCGAAUUCGUGCCACCUAACCUUCGUUACAUGGUGGACGACGUUGAGGCCGAAUGGCUAUACCCCGUAAACCACUUCGACUACAUCCAUACCCGGCACACCAUCCAAGCAUUCCGCAACUGGCCCCUGCUAUACAGUCGGGCAUUGCAACACCUCAAACCCGGCGCCUGGAUGGAAUGCCAGGAGCUGACCCACUACCCCGAGUGCGACGACGGCAGUAUGGCCCCCGACAACCCCAUCGCACAGUUCUGGGGCUACAUCAUCGCCGCCCUCUCCAACCUCGGCGUCAACCUCCGCCCGCGCCUCGCGGACCUCAUGCGCGACGCCGGUUUCAUCAACGUCACCGAGCGCAUCUUCUACACCCCGAUCGGGCCCUGGCCGAAGAAUAGGGCGUUACAAAAGGUCGGGCUCUACUGGCGCGCGGUGCUGGUGGAGGGCCUCGAGGCGAUUGCGCUGGGCCCGAUGACGAAGGGGCUGGGCUGGCGGAAGGAGGAGGUGGAAGUGUUCUUAGUAGGGGUGAGGAAGGCAUAUUUGGAGAAAGGGACGCAUACGUGGAUGCCGUUUCAUGUGAUUUAUGGGCAGAAGCCUGGGUAUGCAUAA